AUGUCGGCGCUCCCGGUCCAUUCUCUUGCCGCGAUCCGCCCCAUUGGCCGGUUCGUGCACAAGAUUCCAGGGCCGGUACCUCGUCUUCAGCAGCUAUCGCGCCAUUUCCCUGCGCCUAUCCAUACAAGUGCUGUGAUCGCUAUGCCCCCCGUCCGUGCGCCCGAUUCUCAUUACGAUGUCCUCGUCAUCGGCGGUGGCUCCGGUGGUAUGGGUGCCAGUCGCCGCGCUGCCAUGUACGGCAAAAAGGUCGCGGUGGUCGAGGAAUCAGGCCGUCUCGGCGGUACCUGUGUGAAUGUCGGUUGUGUCCCGAAGAAGCUCAUGUGGCACGCCGCGGACCUGCAAGAGAAGCUGAAGGAGGCGCAUGAAUAUGGCUUUACCGAUGGAGGCUCCUCCUUCCAGGUGCCUACCGUCAACUGGCACUACCUAGCCGAGAAGCGCGACGCCUAUGUGCGCCGCCUAAACGGUAUCUAUGACAACAACCUGAAAAAGGAUAAUGUGGCGUACAUUUCCGGUCAUGCCAAGCUCCUGGGCAAUGGCCAGGUACAUAUCUCGCCUGGUGUCGACGGUGCACUCGAGAAGGACUUCACGCUCACGGCUGACCACAUCGUCAUUGCCACCGGUGGCCGCCCCACUGUGCCGAGCGACGAUCAAAUUCCUGGCGCCUCGCUGGGCAUCGACUCGGACGGCUUCUUUGAACUUCGUGAACAACCGAAGCGGGUGGCCGUGGUUGGCGCCGGCUACAUCGCUGUGGAGCUGGCUGGUGUGCUCUCGACACUCGGUUCUGAAACGCACCUCGUGAUCCGCAACGAAAAGUUCCUCCGUAACUUUGACCCGAUCAUCUCCGACACGUUGAUGGACUACAUGGGUCAGACUGGCCUACAGGUACACACUCACUCCAACGUGAAGAAGGUCGAGGGAAAGCGUGGCAGUCCACUGCAGGUGCAUCUCGAUUCGGGCGCAACGCUGGAGGUCGACUGCCUACUCUGGGCGAUUGGCCGCCAUCCCAACGUCGAGAAUCUCGGCCUGAAGGAGGCAGGCAUCAAGACAGAUGACAAGGGUCAGAUUGUUGUCGACAAGUACCAGAACACGAACGUCAAGGGCAUCUAUGCCGUGGGUGAUAUCCAGGGUAAGGCCCUCCUGACUCCUGUGGCGAUUGCCGCUGGACGUCGUCUGUCGAACCGCCUGUUUGGUGGCCCCAAGUUUGCCGACGACCAUCUCGACUACACCAACAUCCCCACGGCCAUCUUCAGCCACCCGGCUGUGGGCACUGUGGGUCUGAGCGAACCGGAGGCUCGCAAGGCAUAUGGGGAUCAGAAGAUUACCAUCUACCGCACGCGCUUCACGCCCAUGUACUACGGUCUGCUAACCCACAAGGCGCCGACCGCCUACAAGAUUGUGUGUGUCGGUGAGGAGGAGAAAGUGGUAGGCGUCCACAUGGUUGGCAUGGGCUCGGACGAAUCUAUCCAAACCGUCGGCAUUGCUGUCAAGAUGGGCGCUACCAAGAAGGACUUUGAUAACACUGUUGCAGUUCACCCUACGAGCGCCGAAGAACUGGUGACGACGUACAAUCCGGUAAAGGACUAG